ACAUAUUCCGUCAGGACCAAUUAUAAAUUAAACACGAGGGGUAAUAGUUCAUACCCACCACCAUCCGUCGAAGGAUAUACAUAAUUUGCAUUUUUGCCAAUGCUUACGAUCAGACGCAUGGGUUAAAUGUUAAUUCACGUGACUUUUCACGCCAUCCUUAUCAGUUUUUCCGUUCAAUGAAAGUAGUCCACACUGUCGCUUUCGCUGCACUGACCAGGGGCACUGACCACCUGGUUCUGCGUAACACUUUUGGACCGUCGGUUACAAAUUUGCUUACAAGUUUUAUCUUAGCUUAAUCAAUACUCUUUGGUGCCUUAUCAAUGAUUUUAUUAUAUCUGUUUCGGUUCAAAAUCAUUUUGGAGUUUUUCCUAUUGUUUGCAUGUGAAUAUCUGGUGACAGCAUAUAUUAUAUACUUCAUAUCGUUUUAUACGUCUAAUUUACUAAGAUUUUGAGCUUAUAUUCGGUCAGACCAGCAAAUAUUUUAUAUCUUCUUAGCCGACGCCAUGAUAAAUACUUCCAAGUGUUUCAAGAUUUCGAACUCACAAUCCUCGGGCUCGAUGCCUGAACUAUCAGGAAGACAGGUUACGUGCGUAAGUGCUCAAUUCUGCAGCAGAUUUGAAUGACUGAGACAGCCGGUGGCGGUGAUGAGAGUCGGGCCGCCGCCGCCGUCCGCCGGCGGGCAGCUGCGGCGGCUCUGAGCUGCGACGGCCGAUGGCUGUGACCGGCGGAAUGGUACGUCGGCAGCGGCAGCUCCUACUGCUGCUGACCGGCGGCGUGCUGCUGCUGCUCGGCCUACUGCUGGUCUACUCAUCGUACACAGUCAGACGACGGCCAGUGCCAAUCUCUGAGCCUGUCUGCCGACCGCAGAUUAACAUCGCCUUCCUGAAGACGCACAAGUGCGCCUCCACCACGGUGCAGAAUAUCCUGUUCCGGUUCGGGCUGCGCCACAACCUGACCUUCGUGCUGCCGCGCCAGGGCAACUACCUGGGCCGCCGGGAGCCGUUCCGGGCCGAGCUGGUGCGCCACCUGCCCUGGCACCCGCUCGGCUACAACAUCCUGGCCGUGCACAACCGCUGGGACCACGGCCAGGUGGCCAGCGUGAUGCCGGCCAACACGACGUUCGUGACAGCCCUGCGCGACCCGGAGGCCGUGUUCCGCUCCAUGUACGCCUACGUGGAGCACGACCGGUUCAUGCCUCUGGACGAGUUUCUCGAGCAGGAGCCGAUCCCUGAGGAGCGGUUCUUUCACGUGCUGGGCCGCAACCAGAUGCUGUGGGACCUGGGCCUGCCGGAGGAGCAGCUGACCGACCCGGAGGCCAUCGACCGGCUGGUGGCCGACACCGAGCGUCGCUUCCACCUGGUGAUGCUGGCCGAGAGGAUGGACGAGUCACUGGUGCUGCUGAAGCACCUGCUGUGCUGGCGGACCGAGGACGUGGUCGGGCUGCGGCUGAACGCGCUCCGCCCGGAGGCGCGGGACCACCUGUCGCAGCGUGGGCGGCUGCGGCUGCGGCGCUGGCUCGCCGGAGACUACCAGCUCUACAACCACUUCCGGCGCGUGUUUGAGCGGCGAGUGGCCGAGUUCGGCGAGGAACGCAUGCGCCGAGAGGUGGCUGAGCUGCGCGCCGCUAACGAGCGAGCUUUCCAGGAGUGUGGCAUGGUGAGCAGCCAGGGCACCUCGCUCAGCCCGGACUUUGCCAUGUUCAGCCAGCGAGUGACCGGCUUCCAGCCGCGCAACCGGACUCGAGAUUGCGAAGAGCUGGCGCGGCCCGAGCUGAGCUUCGUCGAGCUGCUGCGCGAGCGGCAGCUGCAGAUGGCGCGUGACGUGAUGGGCGUGACACCGCACCCGUCACGAACCGCCGCGGGGGAGAUGACUCGCCGCGAAUAGACGGUGCUAGGUACUGUGAUAUGGACCAAACUUGCGAGAAAUGUGCAGUGCGAUCGUAUGCAACGAAAUUAAACGUUACUGCCGUCUAUAUGUAGUAGCGCUAGUGUUGUUAGCAUAGGCAUGUGACGUAACUUUUACCUAUGUCGCUGGUUAUUGCUCUGGUUUCGUUGUCUUCAGCAAUAAGUCAUACAAGAGGUCAUUCACGGCAGGGUUUUUUUCGCAAAUUAUGUUUGAAAAAGCAAAUCAUUACCUUCCGCGGGAUAAGGAUUUCAGUUGCAAAAUGAAAGCGAAUGCAAACAUUUGUUUUGGGUCGUUCAGCUGUCUGUCUGAACUUCCAGGCACCAGUUGCAUGUUGAUUUAUGUGUGUAUUUAUAUAAUCGAAAGAAACUACAUAUUCAUGUAUUUGUUUUAGCUUCCAGUUUUGUUACUUAUCUUCUAUUGACUUGUUUUGUCAAUGAUAGUGAUUCUUGUGAAUGACUCAGUAUGCAAUCAUACCGCAUUGACUGUCGCUUUGGAUAUGUGAUAAGAUUUUAUAAGCAGUGCUUUUGGAUAAGGAGUCUGAAUUUAGUUAGCUCGGUUUUGAGAACUUUAGUAGCUGACCCUAUGCAAAUACAUGGUGAAGCAUGCGUAUUUUGUUAUUGAGUGAUUUUGAAAUUGCAUUGCUAUCGUUAAUAUAUUCUGUGCGGGGGUAA